CCCGGAAGUGGUAUGUUUCAGACACUUCUACCCACCGCAGCGCCGUCCAGACUCUUGGUUUUAGUUUAUUGUCUCACUGUUGGUGUAAAUUAAAGACUUUAGGUCGUUUUCUCAUAGUAAACUAAAGUUAACCGGGAAAAAAAUCUUUUAAAAACACACUGGAACACCGCGCGAGGAUGUGACGCUUUUUAGUUUUGGAGCCAUUAUGUUUGGGGAAAUGUUGCGUUUUCGGGCUCACGUUCUUUUCCUCACGUUUCCUGGAUAAAGGAGCGACACGGGGGCUAUGACGGGCAGUUAGGGGUAUUUGGUGGUCUCUACGAGUGACUGACUUGGAACCAGCAUGGCAGUCCGAACCGUGACUGUGAGAGUGCUGGCCGCGCUGUGGGUCUAUAUGGGUCAGAGCGGUACCGCCGAGACUGCAGGCUGCGACAAUGGGAAGCUGUUUUUGGACAGAGACCUUCCUAUGGCUUCAGGUUCUGAGGACUGUGGACUUCCUACCUGGACAGAAACCACUCAGAGACUCCCAAGUAUUGAAACUGUGUAUAACCCGGAGAUAACUUGUAUCACGGAGCUGCGGUUUUGCUUUACCAUCCUUGUGCACAACCCCGAGAGCGUCGUCUCCUUUCUGGACUGGCACACUCCUGUCUGCCAGACUACAUCCUCACACCACACCCACAGCUCAGCAGACUCAGGCCUAUAGCCGUGGUGUCGUGGGGUCGCACUCUGGAACUAAUGAGUGCUGCCUCUCUGGACGUCUGCGAAUGGCUGGAAACCACAAACUCCAGAAGAGAGGAGUCUGAUGGUGGGACCCAGAAAUACGACCUCCUGCUGAUUGGUCCAGCGGCGUCGCACCGGCAACAACUAAAGACGAAGGGUUCUCUGAAGGAGUGCUGUGUGCAGACCAUCUCCUCUUUGCUGAGAGGAGCUCCUCGGGUCAAUGUCAGGAAAACGAGAACUGCCAUCAGAAAAAGACGGGAGAGUGACUCAAACACUUCGGGAAAAGCCGACCAAAAUCCGACCAAUAAAACGCUCCAAGACUCCAGAGGAGGUAGCAGCUCCCUCGGAUCAUCAGCAGAUUCCCUUCUUGCUCUUUCCUCCUCAAGACGAGGUCUUGAUUCUGAAGACAUCAAACAAACCUCCAUGAGGGUUACACCACCAGCUAACUCGUCAGGUUUGGGGAGUUUUCGGAUGGCAAAGAUGGAAGCACAGAAGCUCGCUCGCAGUGACGGGUCUGCUGGAAAACAUUCUGCAGACAGUGAGCAAAGACCAAACGCAGCCAUCCUGAAAAUCAUGGAGGCUGCAAAACAUAAAGCGCAGAAGAAGAAGUUAGGUGGACCGGCAAAUGUGAAUGAGGUGAAAGAAAGAGAAGUGGGGGACAAGCAAAGGCUCAGCACCACGCUUCCUCACCACAGAAGUGAGACUAUUAGGGUUGAGUCUGUCUCAAAAUCCCAGAAACAUCCAAACCUGCAGCAGGUUGAUGACUCAAACUGUGGCGUCUGUGAGGAAGGUAAACCCUGCGCCUCAGGUAAACGUCCUGCAGCUGGGAACAGAGGCUCGCCGAGGACUCCGAGGACGGACGAGGCCGUGUGGGCAGCGGGAGCGCUGGGCUUCCUGCUGAUUCUCCUCACGCUGUCGGUGCUGCACACUCGCCUGUACCGCCACUGGAGGACCACGCCCAGCCUGUACUGGCACGACCCGCAGCGGGACUACGACAGCGUGGCAGAUGUGAUCCGCAGGAGGCUGAGGAAUGGGAAAGUGAGACGAAAAAGGGGAAGAAGGCAGGAAUGUGUUCUGCUACCGAGCUCCUCCAGCUCAGAUGAAGACCCGUAGACCCAGAUGGUCCAGAGAGAGUCCUGUACCCCGCUUCCUCUGAUAGAUUUCUGGAUAUUUGCUGUAACUGGAAGAGAAAAAUGAAAAUGGUGAAGUGUUUCUGGGUUUAUCAUGUUUUUCUACCGAUGAUGUGGAAGGAUGUUGUUGCAUGUGUUUAUUGUAUUAGAAGGACAACAGUAGAAAACAGUGAUAUCUUUUAUUCCAUGUGCUGCAGCUCCAGGAGCCAUUUUCUUACAAACUCCAAAACAUUUUUCAGCCAAAUGUGUUGUUUUUACCUGUAGAGGGCUACAGUGGAACGCAUUGCUGUUGUAAGCAGUGUACUGUUGUUUUUUAUUGUGAAACAUGUGACCUCUUUUUUUAAAAGAAACAAUUUAAAAUCUUUUAAAAACUGCUGCAGUUGUUGUUAAAAGAAUCUGCUUUUUGAACUGCAAAGUAAACAGACUUUUUAUUGAACUCUUAAUCAUUUCAGAUGAUACAUAAAGCAGUGUAGAACGGGUCGUGUUCUCUUUUGGACAAACUAGCUGCAGGUAAGUUGUGGUUCUUUGUGUCCAAAUCCUCCAGUUUCUGGUGGUUUAACAGAAUCUAAGGUCAAAGGUCAAGAGGCUGAACUACUUUUUCUGAAUGGUACUGAGGCUUCUGUCAAAACAGAAUCACUGUUGUAGAAAAUGAACAUUUGAAGAACAAAAGUGAGCCUUAAGACAAUUAAAUUGUUUAUUUUA